UGCGAUAUUAUUGUCGAUAUAUCAAUAUCCAACUAUCUAAAUUAUGGGGAAUUGUGCGUGAUGAGUAUGCGGGUAUUAAUUUUUAAGAGGUAAUUAGUAGUUAUGAUUAUUUAAAAAGCUGUGAUAUUUGUUUAAUUUGUCAAUUGAUAAAUAUGGCUGGUGUUGCGGAGAAUCGCAAAAGUAAAUGUCAAUUGCAAUCAGAAGAUGUCCAGGUAAUGGAUUGCAUUGGACGUACGCAAGGAGAUGGAAUGGAAAAUGUAGUUAUGAAUGAAAAUGAGGCUAAGCAAUCCAAGUGCCGUCUUAAUGAUAGCCUUAUUUACUAUCCAAAGAAUUUAAAGCAAUCUAUAUCAACGGGUCCAGUUAUUCCCACUGGUACUAUUGUAAAUCUUAUUCCAAAAAAUAUCACAGCUACAAAGGGCAAAAGACAAAUUUUAAAUUCUUUAAAAACAAAGGAACCCAAAUUUGUACCUUACGAACCGUACAAAGCAGCAGUUAACCCUAUUGUUCCGACUGAAAAAAAAAAUAAAAAGCAUUCCAAGUGGGAUACAAAUAUUAAUGUAGCAGUUACGGAUGUUGCUAAAUUGAAGAUUAAUGAUACGAAUGUUGAGAAAGAAAGAAAUAAUGAAAAAGAUAAAAAGGAAGAAUCUAAUUGGGAUAAGGAAAAGAAAAUCUAUGAAAGUGAAAUUCAAAAGCUUAAAGAAGAGAAUAGUCAAUUAGAAAAUCAAUUAAAAUUCCAAGCACAGGUAAAUGGUGAAUUAAAAAAUUUGCUGGUAGCAGCUGUAGGUGAAGAUCUUGAAACUAAAGUUCAUUUGCUUACUGAAGAUAAACUACAACUUGCCCGUGCACUUUUAAAUUCUGCUCAACAUCUUAGUACUCAUCAAGAACAAACGGAAUGGUUAGCAGGACAAUGUGAAGUUUGGAGGAGUAAAUUUUUAGCUAGUAGUUUAAUGGUAGAGGAACUUGCAAGAUGGAAGGCUGCCCUUUGUCAAAGAACGACCGAUCUUCAAGAAUCUAUAAAAAGAUUACUGGAAGAACGUAAAAGUAUACGCGAUGCGUCACUUAAAACAUAUAGAACUCUUAGUAUUCUCUUAGAAAGUUUCGAUCCUGUUCGAGCAGCGUCAUACAAACGUCAUGCACUACCGAGUACAAAUGUUAUAGAUUUGGCACAGGGCUCUUGUCAAUUAGCAGAAAUUUUAAAAGUUCAAUUAUUAAGUGGCAUGUUGAAUACAAUGUCAAAUAAAGAUAUUAAUAUAACUGGUUUGGAAAUGCAAACAUUGGCAGAAAAAAAUGCAGAGCAACUACUUAUGAGCCCAAAUCUACUUAUGUCAGGAAGACAAGAUGCUGCUUGUAGCGCAGUUAUGGGAGCAGCUUUUGCUAUCGGGGGUCAAAUUUUUAUUCCACGAGAUACGUCGAAUAUUAGUUGUUGUCCAAAUUGCAGUGGUGAAGUAAAACAAAUUUGAAAAUAAAUUAUCGUAGAAUCGUAAUUUAUAAAUGAUCUAUGAUGCUUCCGUGUUUAAAUCGAUCGAUUAUUCAUAAUCAGGCCUAAUGAUCGCUUAUGAAGAUAUUUCAAUCGAUACGAAUAAUUACAAUAAAAAUUAUAUGUUAAAGAUAGAGAAAUAAAGUCAUUAAAAAUUUUUCAUA